CUAAGAUCAACUCUAAGUCACUCUGGUGACCGUACUGACCUUAUUUAGGACGAAAACAUCCCACCUUGUGAUAACAUUGGUGAAAAUGAGGUUGCCCAUGUGUGUUUACAUGACCUAGUUGGGUGUGGAAUUAGAUGCCACUUUUAGAAUCGCGACUAAUCGCAAACAAUAGAGGCUAUAAAAAAACAUUUGAUUUUAAAACAAACAAGCUGGUAGCUUCUUCCAACUAUUUCAAUUUUGCUAUAAAUACUUGGGGUUUGGCCGUAGAAGACACAUCAGUCCCAAGAUGCGAUUCCAACUGGCUUUCUUCCUUGGCUCCCUGGCCCUUGUUGCCACUGUCUGUGCCCAGACCACUCCAACGGAUCCCACCACCCCUCCAACGGAUCCCACUACCCCCCCGGCCACGCCUACUACGCCUCCGGCUACACCAACCACGCCUUCUUUGCCCACUUCCCCCACCACGCCUCCUGCAUCCACUGAUCCUACCGCCAGCACCGCAGCCCCUUCCACUGCCACUACCACCGCUGCUCCAUCAGGCGGAGGAUCCAAGAAGGUCAAGAAUAUUGUUCAUUAUAAGAGGAAAAUCCAUCGGGGCAAGGUAGUAAAGAAAACGCACCGUAAGAGAUCUCGCGGACGCAGGUCUUCCCGGAACUAAGACGAUCAUGGAUUCAGACCCCCGUACCCACUCACAGACCCUAGCUCCUUGAUUUCCCAUUGUUGUUACCUUUUUUUAAUAUUAGUUAUAGUUCCAUUCCUAAAUAAAGUAUAAAUGCAUUAUUAAUAUCUCUGCCAUUUUGUAUCCGAUCCUUGAGGAAGAUAACUUAAUCGAUAGAUUCUCAAUCCGCUGUAUUCUCUAUCGAUAUACGAUCGAUAGAUUCUCUAUCGGUUUGAACUGAAACUUCCAAUCCAAUCAACAUUUUCAAUUCAUUUUUCAUUUCCACUUUUGAGAUUAAAUCUUUUUCGAAAAGGGGUUGAUCCUCAAUCAUAAUAUUCGUAAUACUUAAUAAUAAAGGGAUAAUACUUAUAUAAUCUAUAUCGUAUCAAUAUCACUGCCAUUUAGCAUCCGAUCCUUGAAGAAAAAACGAUCGUUUGUCAAUG